AUGGCGCCUACGAAGUUCGGGCUCUUCAAGGGCCGGAGUAGAGACCAAGGUGAUCAACCUUCGAGCGAUCAUACGCCUCCCUACCAAAGCGAACAUGUGAGCACCUUGGAUUCUCCAGUGCCAUCGACUAGCAAGGGAAUAAUUUCCCAGGAAUUGAAUCCAGCGGACAUCUUCCCAAUGCUGGAUCUCGAUGAUGAUGAUGAAGAGUUUACCGGGAUACCAUCAUCGCGUCGGAACAGCUUCGGAGCGAAUUUGGAAGAACAACAGGUACUAUACCAAUCGUUCCAAGACGAAUCGACAUCCGCGAUAGACGAAUUAAAUCAAAUACAAAUAUACGACGAACCGGAAGUUUUCGAGGAUGAGGCUAGCACCACCUAUGACGCGAAUUCACUGCAGUUUGAUGAAGCAUCAGUAACUGAAGAAAACUCUACAUACUGCGCUGUACUGAAGAAACCUAAGAAGAGCAAGUCCAAAGAACAAGAGCUGAAAGAUCUUAAUAUGUGGCAAGCGACCAAUUACGAAGUAAUGUCGAAUCUGCUAAACCGAAGCGGAACGAAGGACGAAAAAAUUAAAUGGCAGGCAAUAGCCACAGCAAGGGGGCUUUGUACCUUAACUGACAAUUGUACUUGCAAUGACUGCAAGGGUUCCUACCUAGUCGGAGUAUCGGAUGGGGACGCGGGCCUGGGAGCCGCCCCACUGUUCAGUACAAUGCAUUUGGGAUGUUCGAUACAGUAA